AUGCGCGUGGGAGCGGCUUGCCUGGCUCUCCUCGGUAUCUCGGGCACUGCCCAAGCCGUCCGGCAAUUCGCAUCUCGCUCGCUGACAGAUGAGGCUGAUGCCAGCAAUUCAGCAGCAUCUAAGAGAUACAUUGUGGAACUUAAAUCGCGACUUCAUGGACGGUCUGUUGCCGUCCGCGCUGCCACGAACCCCUCCGGACUCCGAGUUGUAAAAGAGUUUGAUUCGGAUAUCUUUCCCGGCUUGGUUGUUGAAUGCGACCACGGGUGCUCAGUGGAUCAUAUUAGGAGAUCACUUGAUACAUCAGAAGGUGAACCAGUUGUCGCCUCGGUAUAUCAGUCCCAGAUCGUGCAGCUACUCCCAACUGUUGAUGGCGAGUCGUUCAGCGAUGAUGCUGCUGCUUUGAACUACUCAGUUCAUGGCCUCACGGGAGUGGAGAAAUUGCAUAAAGACGGCAUUCUCGGUGAGGGUGCAACUGUGGCUAUUGUGGAUAGUGGCGUACAGUAUACUCAUCCAGCGCUUGGCGGCGGUAUCGGCAGCAGCUUCACCGUUGUCGGAGGCUAUGAUCUAGUCGGCGAUGCGUGGCCUGAUGCACCCGCGCAGCCCGACAACGAUCCCAUGGAUAAAUUCGGACACGGAACGCACGUGGCCGGCAUCAUUGCCGGUAAAAGUGACAAGUUCGUCGGAGUUGCUCCAAAAGCGAAGAUCCUCUCUUUCAAGGUUUUUGGCAGUACUGGUUAUUCGAAUGAAGAAACUGUCAUCGAAGGCUUUUUAAAAGCUUUCGAUUCAGGGGCAGAUAUCAUUAGCGCCAGCGUCGGCGAAGGCAGUGGAUUUGUCACCAACGCUCUCGCAGUUGUUGCAUCGAGGAUCGUCGACAAGGGCGUUGUGGUGGUCUUUGCGGCCGGCAAUUCUGGAGAAGAUGGUCCGUUUGUAAUGGCCAAUGGUGCAUCAGGCGAAAGUGUCUUGACAGUUGCCUCAAGUGACCCCGGCGUGUUUCCAGCUCAGGCCUUCUCAGCCGAGUUUAACCUCGACGGAAAGUCUAACAACACACGUGUUGCUUACGUCCCUGGAUCAGGCUUCUUCCCUGACACCAUAAUCAACUGGCCCAUCAAACCUAUCACACUCAACACAUCCAUUGCGAACGAUGCUUGCGAAGCUCUUCCGGAAAAUACGCCCCAGCUGGACAAGGUUGUGGUUCUUAUUAGACUCGGCGGCUGCACGACCACAACCAAGUAUAACAACCUCGCUGCAUUUGGUGCACAGUACAUUCUUUUCUACAACAAUCAGGGACCCUAUCAGAGUCCGGCGAGUUCCAACCGCGUUGGCCUCACUGGAGCUAUUGAAGCGACUGCAGGAGAGGCAAUCGUCUCUACUAUCCUCGCAGGCGGUAAUGUGACGGUGUCUUUCGACAUUGAUACCGCUAACUAUGUCGGGAUUCGAAACGCUGGCGGCGGACGCCCGGCAGCAUACUCUUCCUGGGGCAGCACCUAUGAUCUUGCGCUUAAGCCUGAUGUCGCCGCUCCUGGAACCAAAAUUCUCAGCACGUACCCGACUGAUGGAUACCGCGUCCUCAGUGGUACUAGUAUGGCUACACCCUACAUCUCCGGCAUUGCCGCACUCUGGGUUAGCAAAUUCGGUGGCCGUGCUGCACACAAGGAUGACCCGGAGUGGGCACGUAGACUCGUAGCCAGGAUUACAUCAACUGCUCGCGCGGUUCCGUGGGCAGACUGGUCGACUAGUCCUACUGAUUAUGGCUUCUGGGCUCCGACUACUCAAGUUGGUGGGGGCUUUGUCGAUGCGGAGAGGGUACUGAGCUACACCACGGAGUUGGGCUUUAAUGGCCGCAAGUUCGAGUUGAACGACACGGCUCAUUUCGUUGGCACACACUCCCUGGACAUAACCAACCAUGGCACCGAAUCUGUCACUUAUAAGUUUUCCCUGCAGGAUGCUGGAGGUUACGAGGCUUACGAACCGUCAACUCCCGGUCAGCAACGAUCUUUCAUUCCUUCGAUACAUCUCUACCCAGAGAUCAUACCCACCAAAAUGGCACCGGAUGUGGCGCUUCCUGAGGAGAUUGUCAUUGGGCCUGGCGAGACGAAGGCUGUUGAAUUUACCUUCAAACCCUUGGAAGGUGUCGAUACUACGAAGCUACCCGUCUAUAGCGGAAAGAUCCUUGUUAGCGGUAGCAAUGGAGAAGAGCUGGGCGUUCCAUAUUUUGGUGUUGCUUGUGAACUCAAGAAGACUAUUGAAAAUGUCUGGGAUUAUGGCUGGAAUGUCCCAUAUAUCGUAUCAGGACUCAACAGCGACAAGCUCGACAGGAAAUCGAAGCUAAGAGAUGUAUGUCAAACGCUAACCAUCAACAGCUUUACCUUCAAUCUUACAAGGGCUGCUCAAGACUUUCCCAAGCUUAGAACCCGAUUGGCUUGGGGAACUCGGGAACUCCGCUGGGAUAUCUUUGAUGCCCAGUACACUGAAGCAAACUGGUCCUACCCCCCUGUCGUGGGUGAGAAGGGUUACGUUGGUUCAGCUACCAGUUGGAAUGGCACCGCGUCAACGAACUGGUUCAUCCCUGGAGAAGACAGCGAGGAUGAUAUCUUUUCUUUCCCUCGGUAUAACGAGCCUCGGGGCAGAUACGGGGACUAUUUCUGGCUCGGAAGGUUUGCAAAUGGAUCUCAAGUGCUCCCUGGGUCAUACAACUUCCGUAUCGCUGCUUUAAAGCCAUUUGGAGCUCCCGAGGUUGCGGAGGACUGGGAUAUUUGGAAGACACCUGUCAUCACAGUGCUCCCAAAAGAUGCCUUUGAAGGGUGA